UUAGUUUGGAAGAUCACAUCAUCGACUCCUGAAAAAUAUCGAAGCGGAAGCUUGGGGAGGGAAAUCGAUGAAGCUCUUGCAGUUGAUAUUCUUAUUAGCUUUAACAACUGGAAUAUCCGCUGUUCUCAUCUACAUCAUCGGCGUCUCAAAUCUCUACGAAUCGAAUCGGCUUAGCAAUGAAGAUUUAGAGGCGUUGCUGUCCCUCCAGAGCGGAUUCCAGAAGUGCGUUAGUGCAAAUGGCUUGGGACUACAAGCUGCUACUGGUAGUGAUUACUGUAAAGUCUCAGUAAACUUCCCCAAGGAUACUAUACCUAAAUGGAAAGAUCCUAAGUCUGGAGAGCUUGAAGGACUGUCUUAUGAGUUUGACUUGUGCGAAGCAGUAGCUACAUGGGAACAAGUCAGGAAUAGUUCUACGAUACUCACUAGGGAAUAUAUUGAUGCCUUACCAAAUGGAUGGGAGGAUUAUGCAUGGCGCAGAAUCAAUAAAGGAAUACAACUUAAUCGUUGCCAGAAUAAAUCUCUAUGCGUCGAGAAGCUUGCAUUGGUGCUACCUGAAACACCUCCUUAUUUUCCUCGCCAGUUUGAGCGAUGUGCUGUUAUCGGUAACUCUGGUGAUCUCUUGAAAACAAAAUUUGGAAAGGAGAUAGAUACUUACGAUGCGGUUAUUAGAGAAAAUGGUGCUCCAAUUCAGAACUACAAGGAAUACGUGGGAGAGAAAAGUACAUUCCGUCUUCUUAAUCGAGGGUCAGCAAAAGCCCUUGACAAAGUCGUGGAGUUGGAUGAAAAAAAGCAAGAGGUACUACUAGUUAAAACAACAAUUCAUGAUAUUAUGAACAAGAUGAUUCGGGAGGUUCCAAUAAAAAAUCCGGUGUACUUAAUGCUUGGUGCUUCAUUUGGCUCAGCAGCCAAAGGAACUGGGCUCAAGGCUCUUGAAUUUGCUCUCUCGACUUGUGAUUCAGUGGAUAUGUAUGGUUUCACUGUGGACCCGGGUUAUAAAGAGUGGACUAGAUAUUUUUCAGAAUCGCGACAAGGACAUACUCCUUUGCAUGGUAGGGCCUACUACCAGAUGAUGGAAUGCUUGGGUCUCAUUAAAAUACACUCUCCCAUGAGAGCUGAUCCAAACCGAGUCGUAAAAUGGCUGCCAAGUCGAAAAACAGUUAGAUCUGCAAGAAUUGCAGCAGAGAAGCUCUUAAGGAGAGUUGGAGCAGGAUCUGCAGACCCAUUAGCUUCAUGCUCAAUAGUAAAGAAGAGAAGCAAAAACAAGCAUCCAAUGGUCUCACACCUAAGAAAACCUGCGAGGGACCAUCAAAAAUUUGUGAGAAGCACGACUAUGUACCCAUUGGAGCACAGUCCAGGACAUAGUCAGCUUUGCAUUACACCAGCUGCCUAAAGAAACUGCUUAUAUAGAAAUUGAUUUUUCCUCCAUACACUAAAGCACAAUACAGGACGACGAUUGAUUCAAAAGCAAGUCCUACCUCUCCUAUGAUAGUGUCAUUAUAUGGAGUUCAAGACCAUCAAGAUGAGAAUUUUCUGGGUAUUUUCUAGAGGUUAGGAUUGGUUAUUUUGUUAUCCUGUUUACAAAAUUUUCUUCACCAGAGAUAGGCAAAUGUGAGAUAGAACUUGGGAGCUAGAGAUUUGAUUGCUCCAUGUCUAAUUUUAGUACAUAAGCAACUGUUUUAUGUUCUUUUUUUUGUUGCAUUUAAUAUUUGUGUUAAUUUGAAAACAACACCGAAAAGUAUGAUGAGAA